AUGCAGCCCAACAGCGCCAGGUUGGAGAAGCAGGCACAGAACGAUGCCGAGUACGAUGACUUCUCGCAGGAUGGCGAGACCACGUCGUUCCUUGACAGGAACCAUUUCAAAGAAAGCGCGAAGCGAAAAGGAAUGACCUACCUUCUAUUGGCGAACCUCUUCGUGUUCACCAUGUCUCUUUUGACAUUGAUCUGCGCUGUAUACGCCCAAAAAUCGCAAUCCACCUACUCUGCAGCGAGACUGAUGGAUGAGUUCGGAGUCUUCUCGCCGGCUAUGAACGUCGUCGAGUAUAGAGAAGUCGAGUUCAAGCUGCCCAGCCCUGUCAACUCCUCAAAGUACGUCGGUGUAUCACAAGAGGUCAACAAUGCAUGGUUAGACAUCGCGUAUGUCCCGGACCAGAUGGUCACUGUGAACGAAUUCCCCAAGCUCAAGAAGCCUAUGGAUUCUCUCAAGGUAUCCGAUCCUAGAUCGGACGAGACGGGAUAUCGCGUUGGCCUUGAGGUCUUCCACCAGCUACAAUGCCUCAACCUCUUGAGGAUGGCGACAUACCCAGAGCAUUACACGAAGCUGCAGUCGGAUGAAAGCAGCAAGCCCGAAGAAGUGCGAGCAUACUUGGGUGAGUGCAACCAAAUUAGCCCUCUUCGUGUACCAACUAACAUCGUUCAAGAUCAUUGCGUGGAGAUACUGCGCACUAAGCUGAUGUGCGCUUCUGAUGUUAGCGUCUUCACCUACCACGCCGUGCCCGGCAAGCAAGCACCAGUGCCCGACUACGACUCGAAACACGUCUGCCGGAACUUCGACAAGAUCAAGCAGUGGGCUACAGAUAAUGCGGUGCCAGCUUUGUAG